AUGAAACCUACAGAUGCAGGCGACUUUAGUACUUUGUGGACAGUCUUUAGCAAAUGCAAAUCUCAUUUGGAAAACGGCUUACGACUGGAGAACAUGUCAUGGCGAAUGUGGUUCCACGAAAGUCGUAGACAGCAGAUCAAAUCACUGGAGCGUCAGAUACAACCACAGCAUACGUCAUCAUCCGUGCCUCCUUCUUCUCGAUCGCCUUCGAUCCAACGUUUUUUAUCAUCCGUUCCGGUUAACCCGCAGCCACCCACGCCUUUCACAAACAUAUCUGUGGCCAUAACAACAACAGCGGCAGACCCAUCCGCAUUGUUUGUGGAUGUGAUCCAUGAAAAACCCCAAUCGGAACCCACCUUUUUAUUAAACGAUACGUACAGUGAACAGGACUCCACUGACGAGGAAGAUGACGAUGAUGAACCCAAUAACAAUGACAAAAUGCUUGACACCGUAAAAAAUUCCAUGGAAGGAGAUUCUGAGACACACAUGACGGAACCAUGCAUCGAAAAUACCAAUGAAGUCUCCGUUUCAACAAAAAAACAAAUAUCAGACGUACCUACGCGUCAAGAAAAUGAAGAAACUUUGACCUUGUUUGUAAAAACAAAACCGCAUCGUUUGCCACGCCGAUCAUUAUUAUCAGCCAUGUUGAACAAUCAAUCGGCCGCAAAGAAACCAAUGGUUCCUUUGUUAUUUCAACCUACAUUGAAAGCUUAUAACAACGCUCGGUUAACCGCGCGUCCUUGUGCUCCGGUUUUAUCCGCGGUGGUCGUUCCAUGUCUGGACAAUCUCAGCAGCACGGUGAGAUCAAAUCUUGGAUGGGAACAACGUCACGGCAUCCAAGUAAAACGUACCAUCGCCGUUCCUGAUACCCUUCUUAGCUGUGAUGAUUCUUUUAACCAUAUCACGCCCGCUUCACAACCAAGUCUUGAACCCAUGUUGUCUUGUUCUGUAUCUUGGCAACAUCAGCCCUUUUGCGGAUGGUAG